ACCACGUUGGUGUAAUGCACAGUAUAGAAGGUGCUUGAAGUGCAGUAUUUUUCUGUUUUUUUUUUUUUUUUACCGCUUCCGGGAUUAUCUUAACGCUUGUUUACCAGUGAGGUGUGAUUUAAAAGAUUCUUCUGAAUUUUCAAAAGGUGGGAUAACGCUAAAAUGCCUUUGUUUACGUGCAUAACAUGUCGCGUGGCUUUUGCCGAUGGUGAAAUUCAACGUCGUCACUACAAAACUGAUUGGCAUCGGUACAAUCUUAAAAGAAAAGUCGCAGAAAUGCCUCCUGUAACCGCAGAAGUCUUCCAGCAAAAAGUUCUUGAGCAAAACGCUGAAGCCGAGGCACAGCAGCAGAGUAAAACGAAAACGAUGAAUUGUCAGCUUUGUAACAAGACUUUUUCCUCUGAGAACGCCUAUUCGAACCACAUGAGUUCAAAGAAGCAUAGAGAAUUGGAGAUUGCUAAAUCCAAGAAGGAGGAAAAUAUGAUGAGAAAAGGUCUUUCUGUGGAGAAGGUAGAGUUGGAGAAGCAAGGAAUAAGAAAACAGAAUAGUGCAUCUGAAAAUGCUGACUCAUCUAGUAAUGAAGACGAUGACUAUGAUAGUGACUUUGAGGAAGAAGCUUUGGAGGUGACAGAUUGUCUGUUUUGUCCACAUCACAGCGUCAGUUUGGAAGACAGCAUGAGACACAUGACACGCUCGCACAGCUUUUUCAUACCUGACUUAGAAUUUGUAGUGGACCUGAAAGGAUUACUGACCUACCUGGGUGAAAAGGUUGGUAUUGGCAACAUCUGUCUUUAUUGUAAUGAGAAGGGAAAGAACUUCUUUUCUACCGAAGCUGUGCAAAAGCACAUGGUUGACAAGGGCCACACAAAAAUGGACUCUGAAGGAGAUGCUAUUUUGGAGUAUGCUGAUUUUUAUGAUUUCAGUAGUAGUUACCCUGAUUAUGAUCCCAGUGAAGAAAAUGGCAGUGAUGAAAUUGAAAGAGAGAACACAUUAGCAGUUGAUGAACAGACAUUAGAACUUUGCCUGCCAUCAGGAGCUAAAAUUGGUCAUCGUAAUUUACGUCAUAUCUAUAAGCAAAGCUUGCCUCCAGAGAGAAGUCGUCAUUCAAAGGUGAUCCACAAAAUUGUGGCUGAUUAUAAAGCUCUUGGUUGGCAUGGCACCAUUGGAAGUGUAUCACGCCAAAAAGUUAAAGAUGUCAGGCUACAAAACAAGCAACAAGCCACAAGAACAGUGGAUAUCUCAGUCAAAGCAAACAAACUUCAAAAGCAUUACAGAGCUCAAGUGUUGUUUUAGAUUGGCAAUUUGCUUCAUGUAUUAGUAUUCAUAGUUUAAGUGUGUGCUUUUUGUUAGUGCAAUAUAUGCCUAAAGCUAUAUGGAAAUGCCUUUGAAGCUAUCCAAAACAGGUAACUUUCUCUUGUUUGGCUGUGUGAUCCCAUGGAACUCAAGAAAGUAAUAUCUUCUUCUUUAGUAGUAACUUUAGACUGUACUUGGAAAACACUAAAUGUAAAGUGAAGUAGAGUAAAUGGAACAUACAUGUAAAUUGAUACAUUUUUUUGAAGAUCUCCACUAAUGAGAGGGAAACUACUUGGUUAUUAAUUCACAAGGUAUAGUAAAGAAUGUGAUCUUUGGACUAAUGAAAACAAAUCUAAAUGCAGGGCUCAACACUAACUUUUCAACUCACUAGCCAAGUGGCUGGUGAUGUCUUAGA